CGACCGGUAGAAAAGUGCGGGUGUGCGUUACGACAGAUAGGUUCUUGUGGAACAGUUGUUCUGUCAAUUUCAGAACUCUGGAUGAGAUGUAAAACAUUGAUAUAAAUGGACUGUUUGUAUGAUUUCAGUGUUUGAAAAGGACUUUCAGAAACGAUGAAGCUGCUUUUAACAAUUAGUGUAGUGUUUGUGUGUUUAAUGUCAGUGCAUUCCGAUCAAUCGGAUUUCAACCAUAUAAACUCGGAUGGAUCAUUCAGCUUUGGUUUGAAGAAUUCUGAUGUUGGAGGUCAUUACCACACCGCCAGCGGUAAUCCAAAAACUGUAGUGAGAGGUCGCUAUGGGAGCCGUCAACCGGAUACGGGUCGGGUCGAAGAAACAGUGUACACUGCUGGACCACGUGGAUUUCGUGCCCGUGGCCCAAAGAUUCACAGGAAGCAAAAUCUGUCACAGGUCCCCCGAGGCCCGGUAGGAACUCCAGAGGAUCCUUUGGCGGAUCCAUACGAUGAUCCUAGCUAUGAUUUCCAAUUCAAAACUCGAAACUACCAGCGUCGGGAAGGUGCCGAUAGCAACGGACGGGUUAAUGGCUUGUAUACCUACGUUGAUGACGUUGGGGAACAGCAUUCUGUGCGUUAUUCAGCUGGUUCUGGAACAGGUUUUGAAGUCGCGAAUCCUGUACCGGAUGCUCCUAAUACUCUGGCAUACGAAAGUCCACUCUACAAAACUCAUAAACAGGUUCGCGGUAAAGUCGCUUUCGAGAGUGGUCCGACUGGGUCUGGCCAAUAUAAGUUGCAAUCGGUAGGACCAGAUCAAAGACGAUCGGAAACGACUGGACCAGAUGGAGUAACAAGGGGUUCGUACUCAUUUUUGGAUGACAAAGGAAUUCAACGAACAGUUCAAUAUAUCGCAGGAGCUGGAAUUGGGUACAAGGUGGUUCAAAGUACUACAGGAACAGGAAGUCAUUUGCUUGCUCAACCUGCUACCAACUUCGGCAUUAGUCACGUAGAACAAAGUGAUGUAACUGACAAUAAUAAUCCUACGCACAAUGCGGUUCCAUCAGGACCAGCUUCAUUUCCAACUGCCAGUGAACGACCGGGAUCUGGUGGUUCUAGACCGACUGCUGCCGGUUACGAUGACACUCGUCCGUCUGGAUCGGCGGGAUACGACAGUUCAAGGCCCGUGGGUAGUGGCUAUGAUGGAUCGAUAUCUGACCAUGAUGGGUAUGAUACCGGCAGACCUAAAGGACCAUCUUUCGAUGACGACUUCGAUCGAAAACGACCAACAACGUCUCCAAGCAAAAUUCCAUCGAGUACGGAUCGACCAGAUUCUGGUGAGAAUAAAGUACGUUUUCCAGACGAAGAAUCGGAUUAUGGUGGAAGACCUCAAGAUGAUAGUAUCAUUGGGCUUAUCCCACCGAAGUAUGAUUACGAACAAACUGAGGAAUCUCCUUUAUCGGGACCAUUCGACAUCAGUAUCUCCAGCGGUCCGUCAGCCCCGUCGGGACCCGGUAUUCCCAGUUACGAUGAAUCCGCUCCCAGAACAUUCAACUCCAACGAUUUCACCAACUAUCCUGAGGUCUCGUAUGAUAGGAAAAAGUUAGAGGAGGACAGGAAAAAAGACUGGCGUGACUUCUCCAAGGACUCAACGAUUAUCAAAAAUGUCGGCGAUUGGUAUGUGGGACUAGCACCAGGAGCAUCGGUGAGGGCUCACAUACAAAACAUAGACCUACUGCCGUACGGAGGUCGUGCUCCGUCGCCCAGUGAGGCACUACGAAGAGAUACUCAACCAAAGCCCAAAUCAAACCGUCCGUAUGAUCGGCGGAAGCGAAGUGAACGAAAGUGAGCCGUUAGUGUAUUUAGUUACUUCUUUUUUACUGUGCAAGACAUUUCUGAACGAGUCGUACCAGAGUUGUAAAUAAAUUAUUCAACAAAAUUGA